AUGAAGAUGUUAUUCCUUUUGAUGUUCCUGAUGCACAAGGUAGUUACUCUGAGAUGCCCUUCAAGUGAAGCUUUCCCUGUUCCACAUGAGUGGUUCCAGCCUGGUGAUCUUGUCAUUGGUGGGAUGGUGUCUCACAUUUUUUACCACUUUUAUGAAAUUGAAUUUAAGGAACACCCUUCUCUAAAACCUUAUGACUUACCUCUUGUAAUAACCAAAUUUUAUCAGCAUGUCCUUGCCAUGGGCUUUGCUGUGAAGGAGAUCAAUGAAGACUCCAAGAUCUUACCUAACAUCACUCUUGGGUUCCAUAUCUAUGAUAGUUACUACAAUCCAAGGUUGACCUAUCGUACCACUCUGGACCUGCUUUUCAAAUCCCAGGAAUUUGUCCCUAACUACAAAUGUGAUAUCCAGAAGAAUCUCAUGGCUAUCAUUGGGGGACUAGGUGCUCCUACUUCAUCCCUUAUGUCAGAAAGCAUAAACCUCUUCAAGAUUCCACAGGAAGAAUUUCAGAGUACCAAAUUAUCUUCACUUUAUUGCAUGGUGCCAAAUGAGGACUAUCAGUACAUGGGAGUUAUACAACUUUUCCUCCAUUUUGGAUGGAGGUGGAUUGGAGGCUUUGCAUUUGAAACUAAGGGAGAAAGAUUUUUGCAGAAACUGCAGCCAUUGCUUUCACAGAAUGGGAUCUGUUUAGCUUUCACGCAAAAAAUUCCACAACAUAUCCACUUAGAAGAUUUGUCAGAAUUAUUAGAUUCAAUCUCAAUUAUUUCUAAUAAAUUGAUGGAUCGGAAAGCGAAUGUUUUUCUUGUGUACGGAGAAUCGUUCACAAUAGUGUGGCUCAGAACUGUCAUGUUUCUACGUGAUCCAGAAAAUAAAAACAGAUCAUUAUUCAGAAAGGUUUGGAUCCUGAUGAACCCAAUUGAUUUCAUACUGACGGGAACUCAAAAGAGUUGGGAUCUCCAAAUGUACCAUGGGGCUCUUUCCUUUACAGUGCAUUCAGGAGAAGUUAAAGGCUUCAAAGAAUUUCUUCAAGUCAUCAAACCUUCCACCCACAAAGAUGGAUUUCUUCAAGAGGUUUGGCAACAAUUGUUUGACUGCGUGUUUUUAAAGGAAGACUUACCUUCAUCUAUCAGUGGAACCUGUACUGGGGAAGAGAAUUUGGAGAAUCUGCCUGCACCUCUGUUUGAGUUGAAGAUGACUAGCCAAAGCUACAGUAUCUACAAUGCUGUUUAUGCAGUGGCACAUUCUUUGCAUGAGGCAAAGACAUCAAGUCCCAAAUGGACAAAAAUUCAAAAGGUUGAAUUUCCAAGUCUGCAGCCUUGGCAGCUCCACCAGUUUCUUCAAGAGAUUUCCUUUAACAACUCAGCUGGAGAAAGUGUCUUCUUUAAAAACAGAAGAGAAGGUCCAGGUGGCUUUGACAUUAUCAACAUGAUCACUUUCCCAAACAGAUCGUUUCAGAGAAUUAAAAUUGGAAAGUUACACCCCAAUGCUCCAAAAGGGAAAGAAGUUAUCAUUGAGAACACAAUCCUUUGGCACCCUGGUUUUAACCAGGUUCUUCCGGUUUCUUUGUGUAACAACCACUGUUCCCCUGGAUACUGGAAGAGACGGGAUGAAGGCAGUCAGUUCUGUUGCUAUGACUGUGUUCCAUGCCUAGAAGGAAAGAUUUCUAAUGAAACUGAUAUGGAUGACUGUUCUGAAUGUUCAGAAGAUCAUUAUCCAAAUAAAGAAAAGAAAGGAUGUAUCCUGAAACGGCUGGUCUUUCUAACUUUUGAAGAAAACUUAGGAAUUGGUUUAGCUUCAGCAGCUCUUUGUUUCUUUUUCUUGACAUCUUGGAUACUUGGAACUUUUAUUAAACACAGGGACACUCCCAUUGUCAGAGCCAACAACAGGUCUCUCACCUAUUCCCUCCUUGUCUCUCUUUUGUUCUGUUUUCUCUCCUCUUUUUUAUUUCUCAGCCAACCUGGCAAAGUGACCUGCCUUCUCAGACAACCAACUUUUGGAAUUACCUUCUCAGUGGCCAUUUCUAGUGUACUGGCCAAAACCAUCAUGGUGGUUGUGGCUUUCAUGGCCACUAAACCUGGAUCUCAAAUGAGGAAGUGGGUGGGGAAAAGAUUGGCCUUUGCUGCUGUCCUUUCCUGUUCUCUUGUUCAAGUAUGUAUUUGUACUCUUUGGUUGUCAACAUAUCCCCCAUUCCCUGAGUUAGAGAUGCACUUAGAGCCCCAAGAAGUGAUUUUACAGUGCAAUGAGGGGGCAGCUACAUUCUUCUAUUGUGUCUUGGGCUACAUGGGUUUCUUGGCCAUUGCCAGCUUCAUUGUGGCUUUCCUUGCCCGUAAAUUACCUGACAGUUUCAAUGAAGCCAAGUUCAUCACCUUCAGCAUGUUGGCCUUUUGCAGUGUGUGGAUCUCCUUCUUUCCAGCCUAUAUGAGCACAAAAGGCAAAGCCAUGGUAGCUGUGGAGGUCUUCUCCAUCUUGUCUUCCAGUGCUGCAUUACUGGGAUGCAUAUUCUUGCCAAAGUGCUACAUCAUUGUUUUGCGGCCUGAGCUAAACCACAGGGAAAAACUAAUAAAGAGAAUGUAG